AUAACAAACUAUACCUUUACAUACAACAACCAGUUAUUUAUAGUUUUAGUUCAUUUAUAAUGAGUGGUGAAGUAGAAUCUGAUAUCGCAGCUGAGGCCAGAUUUAAGUCGGAAUCACUCCUAGACUCACCUGCUACUCAGUUCCAGGUUUCUACACUAGAGGCUCUCAUAGACUUCCUUAACAUUCAACUAUCUGAUGCAAAUGUUUACAGUCUAAACAACAACGUAGGAAUACUCAAGAUAUACUCACUCUACCCGAGGGUUACUGAUACACUCGUAAUACAAAAGAUUUUAAUCAAAUGUCUUAUGCAGUUACCUGCUCCAGACUUUACUGUUUGCUUGGCUCAGGUGCCUCUUCAUGUACAAAGUCAUGAACAUGUUCACAAAAUCUCGAACCUACAUUCUCUGCUGCAAAGCUGUCUCUUUCGCAGUUUUUGGGAUAAUGCAAAGGCUCAAUUAGACUCUAAGCCUGACAUGACGAUUUUGGACGUUCCUGGGCUUCGUGACUCUGUUAGAAGAUUUAUUCUCGAUAUAUUGCCGUUAGUGUAUCAGCAAAUUUCAGUUCCAGAAAUGCGCAUGUUGCUUGAUUUCGACUCCAACUCUGAGGAAUUUGAAAGUCUUUUAUCAUUCUGCGGAUGGAACUUGGAUCAAUCUUACGAUAGGAACAAUAAUGAAGCGGGAUCUUGCUAUUCUGUGUCUCGCGAUGAUGUCUCUAAAUUUCAAAAGGGUUCUUCCCAACCAAAGGUUUUAGAAAAAUACCUUCGCCCAGAAGCCAUGCACUAUUAUCUGUCAACUUUACAUAAUUAG